UCUGCCCCUCUCUCCUCCCCGGGCAGGUUUGGAGCCGGCUCUGAGCAGAGCGAUGGGCAGUGCCAGCCCCGGGCUGACCACUCUGCCCCUCUCUCCUCCCCGGGCAGGUUUGGAGCCGGCUCUGAGCAGAGCGAUGGGCAGUGCCAGCCCCGGGCUGACCACUCUGCCCCUCUCUCCUCCCCGGGCAGGUUUGGAGCCGGCUCUGAGCAGAGCGAUGGGCAGUGCCAGCCCCGGGCUGACCGCUCUGCCCCCCGGCCGCCUCGCCUGGCCGGACCCCGCGCUGCUGCCACCCCCGCGGGACCCCGACCCCCGGAGCUGGGGCUGCCCGGAGAGCCCCAGCCCCCCCAGCACCCCCGAGCAGCCCUUGCCAGCAUUCUGCCUGCACUACUUCGACAUGCUCUACCCGGAGGACACGGCCUGGGCCAGCAAGGGCAGCGGGGAAGCGGCGCACAGCAGCGGCCAGGGCGGGCGGGAGGAGGCGCGGAAGGAGCCGGAGCAGUGUCCCAUCAUCGACAGCCAGGGCCUGGGGCUGGGGCCCGAGGGGGACCUGCAGGACAGCCUGCACCUGGAGGAGCACUCGCUGGAGCAGGUGCAGAGCAUGGUGGUGGGCGAGGUGCUGAAGGACAUCGAGACAGCCUGCAAGCUCCUCAACAUCGCCGCAGACCCCAUGGACUGGAGCCCCGGGAACGUGCAGAAGUGGAUCCUGUGGACGGAGCACCAGUACCGGCUGCCGCAGAUCGGCAAAUCCUUCCAGGAGCUGUCGGGGAAGGACCUGUGUGCCAUGUCCGAGGAGCAGUUCUGCCAGCGCUCGCCCGCCUGCGGCGACAUCCUGCACGCCCACCUCGACAUCUGGAAGUCUGCCGCCUGGAUGAAGGAGAAGGCUGCCCCGGGAGAUGUCAGAUACUGCGGAGGUGACACCAGCUGGGCCGACAGCGAGGUGGACUCGUCCUGCGCCGGCCAGCCCAUCCACCUCUGGCAGUUCCUCAAGGAGCUGCUGCUGAAACCACACAACUACGGCCGCUUCAUCCGCUGGCUCAACAAGGACAAAGGCAUCUUCAAGAUCGAGGACUCGGCGCAGGUGGCCCGGCUGUGGGGCAUCCGCAAGAACCGCCCGGCCAUGAACUACGACAAGCUGAGCCGCUCCAUCCGGCAGUACUACAAGAAAGGAAUCAUCCGCAAGCCCGACAUCUCCCAGCGCCUCGUCUACCAGUUCGUCCACCCGGUGUGAGCGGCGGCGGGACCGGCGGAGCGCCGGGAGGGACGGGGGACCUCGGCUGCCUCCCUGUGCCCGGCCACAGAGAGCCUCUGCCAGCAGCAAGGACCUCGGCUGGGUGCGAGGCUUCCCCUGCCAGGACCUGCUGGCAUCGGACACAGGGACCCCUCCCCUCCAGCACGGACCGUGCAGAGCCUUUGUCCCCCACGGGAAGGGUGGGCACCGUGCCUGGGCUUGUCCCCCCUCCUCUCCUCCCUCCCGGGUUCUGGCUGUAGGUGGCUUCACCCCAGCCAUUGUUCAGGGAGGAAAAAGCCUGGGCAUGAGCUGAGACAAUGGGACACCCACAGGGACAGGGACACCCACAGGGACAGGGACAUCCACUGCUGCUCAUGGUGGGGCCCUGUCCCAAUCCCUGUGGGAUCAGCCUGGCACCAGCCAAGGGCGCUGCCUGCCAUGGGGGCUGUGCCAAUGGGGGCCUUGGGCACCCCCUUGGGCCAGGGGCAUCCUCCCUUUGCUUUUCACUCCAGGACAUGCUCAGCUGCCCCCCUUCACAGGGAUUUGGGGCUGCAAAUGGCAGUUCUGUAUCCAUGGCCCCAUCUUUGUGCACGGGGCCACCAGAGUCCUCCUAAAACCCCUGGCACAAAGCUCUUCCUUUGAUGCGGAUUUUACUUGGACUGCCUGAUUCUGGAGUUUGGGGAAAUGGAGAUGGCAUCUUUGCCAUUUCCUUCUGGAUAAUAAAUCCAGAGUGUGACCCGCCGAGGCUGGACUGGGGCAGAGAGCUGGGCAUUGCUUCACCUGCUCAUUGCACCAGAGUUACCUGGCAAUGUUGGUCUUUUAUAUUAUCGGGGUUUUUUUUUAUUUGGUUAUUUGCUUUUUGGUUUUGGCUGGUGAUGAGUUGUGGUUUAGGUUCAAAUGCCAAGGGGUGGCCCAGGCUUCCAGAGAUGUUCUGUGGGAGCUUAAAAGGAAAAAACACUUGGUUCUUGGUCUCUUGAUUUUUUUCCUUAAAAUUUCCACCAGUGCCAGCUACUGCCUUUCCUUUCUGUUCUUGCUCCGUGCUGCUCCCACCCUGGCAGGAGGGAUGGAGGGCAGUGAGGAGCAGGGGAGGGAGGAAAACUGCCUUGGCCUUUGGAAAAGGGACUGGAAAAGCAAAAAAAUGGCAUGAAAGAAAAAAAAAGCAAAGUGUGUCUUUGAUUUGCUGUGUGCUCCGGACUCAGCCGGUGCGGGGGCCGGGGGUGCCAGUGGUGCCCCAGAUCCUGUGUCCCCCUCACAGCUCCCUGGCAGGGUGGGGAGGGCAGGAGGUGACAUCAACCUGCUCUGACAGGCUCAGGAGAGCGCGGGGUCAGGGCUGUGCUCGGAAAAUCCCCAAAACCUGCGUCCCCUCCAGCCCCGCCGUGGGUGUCCCAAGGCUUUGCCCGGCAGUGGCACAGGAGUCCCCAAAGGCAGUGGCUGUUCCCCUUGUCCCCCCAGCAAUGCAUCCCAGCCCCCCAUCCUGCUGCACCCCAAAACCUUGGGGUGGGGGUGUCGCUACCUGGGGGUGCCAUGGGGGUCCAAAACCACCUCAGCCACCCCCCGGGGGUGGGACAGACGCACAGCAAAGGAGACCCCAGAGCCAAGGACGCUGACAGAGCUCGGUUAUUUUCUCUUGCUGCUUUUUGUUGUUGUAUCCACGGAAAUACAAUCACGAGAGAUAUAUAUAUUAUAUAUAUACUUCUUAAAUUACACAAUCAAUGUACAAAAACCGGGGUGCAUUGCUGAGACAGGUGGUUGGUUGGGUCUUUUCUGACUUUGUGGGUUUUUUUCCGGUACCUGGCAGGGGCUGGAUGGCUCCCGCCCACCGUGCCCAGCACACGGUGCUUCCCCUGCAUCCACGAGAACACGGGAUCCCUGGGGCCAAAAAAUUCACGAACCAACGGAGGGGGCAGGAAAGGAGCAGGAGGAGCGUGCGGGAAGCCGAUGGCAUUGAUGCUGCUAAGGGUGAUGGUAUGGAAAAAAAUGAGAGAUGAUCCGUAGGGAAGAGCUCGGCACGGCAGACGCACCCGAGGCAGGGGGUGGGGUGGCCGUGCUGGGUGGCAGCGGCCGCGGGAGCUGCGGGGCCGGGGCAGAGCCCAGGGGAGGAGGGGUAGAGCUACGUGGGGACAAGCAAAGGGCAGAGCCUGCGGCCGUUCCCCUGCCUUGGCGGGUCUUGUUUCUUCGCCGGGCAGCUGCUCUGCCUGGGCUGUAUCCUGAGCCCUCCUCCUGAGCUGCACUCCUGCCGGCAUCCUGCAAGGCAGGGAUGCUCAUCCCCCGUCCCUGCUCUGCUCCUGCCUCUCUUCAGGAAGGGGAGGAUGGGGACCGUCCCCAGCAGUGCCCAAGGCAGUCCUCGCUAUCCCAGGCUGGGCAUCAAGGUGCUUCCAGCAGCACCGGGCCCUGGUGGGUCCCUCUCCGGACAGUGCUGGAUUUUAGGGCCAUCUCACCUGGAUCUGGUGUGCGUUGGAUACCUGCCCACCCGAAGGGGGAUGCUGCUCCCUGCAGCACAGAGCGGGCAUCGGCUCGGGAGCCUCCGCCCGCUCCAGCUGCGCUGACAGCCCAGCCCGGACGGGGAGGAAGCUGCGGAGAUGCCAGCAAGCUCCGUGGCGGGGCUGGUCCCGCCUCACCUGGGCAUCUCAAGGAUGGCCGCGGGGAUGAAGGGGGCAUUCACCCCCUUCCUCGGGGCGGGAGGAUGAACUGGGGAGAACAUGGAAACACCAAAAAAAAAUAACCAACGGAGUCACACUCCAAUCCCUCUUGGUUUUCUGGGAUGAAUUUGGUUGGUCCCAGGAGCUUCGGCGCCGUGCGUUUCAGAACAGUUCCAGCCAAUCAGAAGGCGGCUCAUGAUUUCAGUAUCUUUAAAAACCAACCAAUCAGGAGCUCUCACUGGUUGGGCUUUAAGAUCUUGAGGUAUCGGCUUU